UCGAUUGCGAGCUCGAGCUUUUGGCUCUCAGCUGCUCGCCCGGGAUGAUGAAGACGCAGGCCGGUGGCCGCCCGGCUUUGGUACGGACUUACGGGAAAUACAGACAGCGGACCGUGAAAGCACCCAAGUGGUUGAGUCCCGAGACGGGCAGAGAACAUCUUUUCUCGUCGUCAGACUCCAUCGAUAACAGUGGCCAUUCCAGCAGCAGCAGCAAUAACCCGUCCUUCAAAUCCAAAAAGAAAAGGAAACAGAAAGUAUUGCUGAAUGUUUCAAAUGCUAAAGCAACAGCAAAGAAAAAUGUUGGAAAACCAACAAAUAGCAAAAGUCACAGGAAAAAACAACAUUCUUAUGUAGUCAGAGGCCGAGGAGUUUUACGUGAUAAAAACUAUAGCUCACUUUCCACAGAAGAUGAAUGUCGGGAAAACUGCAUGUUUACGCAAGACAAAGAAAAUUAUUUUGUUCCUGUUACUAGCAGCAGAAUGGAAGGCAUCAUAAAAGAAUCUCCAAAUCUAAAAUAUGUCACAUAUCGGCGGAAACUGCGGAAUUGCAAAACUAUGUCAAAUCAACUUGUGAAUACCCAGCUUCAAAUGAAAACGAAGGAAUUGCUUGGAUCCUUGAUAGAAUCUUCAGAAUCAUCUAUCUCUUUUAAUAAACCAAAAAAAGCAUGCAGAAUUUCUUGCGAAGCUCAGAAGUUCAAAUGUAAUUCCAGAGCUGUAAAGAAGCUGGAUAGAUCCCCACUGCAGACCAGCACACCUUCUUGUACAAGGAAAUCAAAACUCAAGGAACCAUCAAGAUGUAUCAUUUCAUUCAACGGUGAAAUUGAGCAUGGCAUAUGGAAGAACAAUGCUGAGGCUUACAAUGAGGAAAGUAUUGACCAUCCCAGUACAGUGGGAACUUGUUGCACCCGGAGUAGCAACACUUCAUGUAAGGCAGUUUCCUCUACAGAACACUCAAAUAAUUCGGAGUUUGUUGGAUUGUCUCCAGAGAAGUUAGGUGGAAUUUGUAGUCUUGAAGCUGAUUGUAAACCCGUAGCUUCUGCGUCUUUGGAGGAAAAUCUUGAGCAUAUAGAUUCAAUAACAUCACACUUGUUUCAACCCCACAAAGAUGAUUUCAGUCAUACCUUGCACAGUACCUUCAAUAAUAGUGUCGAGUUAUUUUCUCAUGUUACUGAAGAUUUAGCUGUGUCUCCUCAGGCUGAUUUAGUUAAUGGAGUAGAUGAUCCAAAAGUGUUUGUCAGAAAUUCUUUAGUGAAGUCAGGAUUGCUUAACUAUACAUCAAAUCUUGAUUUGGUAACUGAACAGGAACACACUGCCAGUAAGAACAUUGUUUCCAAAUUGAGCUUGCAGCCUGUGGUACAAUUAGAUUAUUUUUCAGUUUUUAGAUAUUUCCGUGAAAGAAGAUCAGUGUCACCUGUUGAAGAUGACUCUUCCAAGGUCAGUUCAUCACAAGGUACAACUGCAAAAAAGCAGCGAGUUAUUAAUCGUUUACAUGAAAAAUUAACAUCCCAAAAAAGUGGGAGGUCAUCUUUCAGCUGGGUGGCUCUUCAGCCUAAUAUCGUACUUAGUCCUCUUGAGCUAAAGUGGCAAUUACCAACGAAGAAAGUUAUGACAAAUCCAGUAAAAAGAAGUCUAGCUGAUGGCUCUUUUAACAACAAACAUGAUGGCAGUUUUCAUCUGUUAGGAAAAAUGUGUAGACAAACAGAUUGCAUGAAUCUGAAAUCAUCUUUAUCUUCAAUGUACUCCAAUUCCCAAGAUGGGAAGUCUGGUAAGGAGUCUACAGCUGAUGCAGACUGCUUCAAACAUACAAAAAACCAACAAAAUAGAAAAACUAUUUCAAUGAAAGAUGGCUACUCCUUAAAAGCAAAUUGCCUAUCUGGACAAAGGAACCUACUCAGUGACAAUGCUUCCAAUAUCUUUGACAAACCGAGCAGCUUCUCUGAUCCAGCAUUUCAAAAAAAUACAGAUCUUGCUUCAGUCACUGUGAAAAGUGCAGAAAAAUCCACAGUGGAUUUAUAUGGGCAUCCAGAACCACAAAUGACUGAGUGUGGAGACGUAAUCAUAGAAUUGUUCAUUGACGUGGAGUGUGAAGGAUUUAAAUCCAAAACUGGAGAACUGAAUCUAAGUAAAGGAAGCGAGGAGGGGUAUAAGAUAAAAAACUUGAAGUCAACACUGAUGAGUUCGUCAGUUUCUACUCCUUUAGGCUCACGUAAUUGGUCAAGGUUCAAAGCAGCUCAUUCGAUUCACAAAAGAAAGAAAGUCAUUGUUACACCUUUGAGAUCUGAUUGCACCAUGUCACUUCAAAGCACUCCAGACUCAACUUAUCUUCCAAGAACAGAAAAUUUUAAUGAUCGUAGCUUGAAUAAGUUGGUUUCAAUGGCAAAUUUUUCUGCAACUCCAUUAAGAAAUAGAAUGAGAGGAUCCAGAAGGUCCCUUAUGGAAAAAUGGCCACCAGUUCUGCAGCCAGUAUUUCUUACAGAUGAAGAGAAAGUGUACUGUGAAUGUCAGCAAAAUGGCCCAGUUUCUUUUAAAGAAUGCAUACCAUCCACCAUGCUAGAGAAGUGUGAGAAAAUUGGAGAGGGAAUCUUUGGGGAAGUGUUUCAGAUGACAAAUAAUGAUGGAAAAUACAUGGUCUUCAAGAUAAUCCCUAUCGAAGGGGGGAAGCUUGUGAAUGGUGAACCGCAGAAGAAAUUUGAAGAGGUCCUGCCUGAAAUAAUAAUCUCGAAGCAAUUAAGUCAACUGAGUGAAGAAAGUGAAAACUGCACAAAUGGAUUUAUUACCUUACAUUCUGUGCAUUGUGUAAAAGAUUCUUAUCCUUUGGAGUUACUUAAAGCUUGGGACAAGUAUAAUCAAGCCAAGUCUUCGGAAAAUGACCGUCCAGAUGAAUCAUGCGAAGAACAACUUUACAUCAUUUUUGAAUUUGAAAAUGGUGGUUAUGAUCUCGAAAGUAUGAGGACGAAGAUACCUUCUCUUGAAUCAGCAAGAAGUGUACUGCAUCAAGUAACUGCAUCCUUGGCUGUUGCUGAAAAUGCUUUAAAUUUUGAACAUAGAGACUUGCACUGGGGAAAUGUUCUUAUCAAGAAAACUGCCAUCAAACAAAUUGAAUACAAAUUGUGUGGGAAGACUUUCAACAUUGACACUCAUGGAUUUGUGGCCAAUAUUAUUGAUUAUACAUUGUCAAGAAUGGGAACAGAUGAUGUUGUACAUUUCUGUGAUCUUUCUUCUGAGGAGAGUUUCUUUUGUGGACAAGGAGAUUACCAAUUUGAGAUAUACAGAAAAAUGAAGGAGGAAAAUCUUAACAACUGGGCAGAAUAUAAUCCUCACACAAAUGUGUUAUGGUUGCAUUACUUGGCUGACAAAAUGUUAAGCAUACAGUACAAGAAAAGAAACACCAAAGUGCACAGAAUACUUAAAGAAACCUUUAAGGAGUUCACGCAAGAAUGCCUCGAGUAUCAGUGUGCAGUAGAUGUACUAACAUCAGCUCAAUUGUUUCAAAAAUGCUGAAAUAUUUUGUUUUUAUCUCAGAUAUGUAAAUAAACUUGCAUGACCUUAAAAGGAGUGAUGUUAUAAAUAUUGUAAA